GGAAAAGGGAGAGUGAGAAUCAGAAGACAGCAUCAAAAACCAACAGCAUGGGUUCUUGGUAUUUACAGUGAUACGACCAAUGCCCAUCUUUUCUCGUCUUCAUUCUUCAAAGGACAUGUAUCGGUCUCUUUUUCUGGAUGUAACGAAUGCUCCUGUUGACCUAACUCAAAUAGUUCGUGGAAGAUUAAUCAGUGGGGCUCGACAGCGGUACUUGUCUCUCAUUUGAAGCGUUUGGUCUAAUGGGAGUCGAUAUAGCUUCAUUAUUAACACUCCGACAGAGGUGGUGAAUAUUGAAUAAUGCGUUUGAUCCCGUUUUUCCUUGACCAUUGUUUUUUGCAACGUGAGCUCGGUCGACUCUGCUGUGUCUUUGCGCGUUAAGAGGAUUUUCCCCAUCGCUGUUGAAUUACGCUGCGGUCUUGAAUUGAUUAAUUUGGAAGCCAUUUGGACUAUAUAACAUCCAGAAACCUGGACCUUUUGAUUGAUUACUAGGGGAGACAGUGCUGACCUUUGUGUGGGCUAAUUCGUGUAAGAUUUGUUGUUAUCUCCAUCUUUCAGUGACCCCGGAGUGUUCAUAUCAAAAGGAAAAUGCUGCCUUCGCAAGAAGCCUCCAAGAUUUACCAUGACAACUACAUGCGGAACUCGCGGGCCAUUGGGGUUCUGUGGGCUAUAUUCACCAUAUGUUUAGCCAUUAUUAACGUAGUGGUGUUCAUUCUGCCCUACUGGAUUGGGGACAGCGUGAACACCCCACACGCAGGCUAUUUCGGCUUGUUCCACUACUGCGUGGGCACUGGGAACUCCAACCGGGAGCUCACCUGCCAAGGAACCUUCGCCGAAUUCAACGGCAUCCCCUCGAGCGCGUUCAAAGCGGCCACCUUCUUCGUGUUGCUGUCCAUGGUGCUCAUCUUGGGUUGUAUUGUCUGCUUCAUCCUCUUCUUAUUCUGCAACACCGCCACUGUCUACAAGACGUGCGCCUGGAUGCAGCUGCUAUGCGCCAUGUGUUUGCUCCUGGGCUGUAUGAUCUUCCCGGACGGCUGGGAUGCGGAGGUGGUACGCGACAUGUGUGGCGAGGAGACAGGGAAGUAUACGCUGGGGAACUGCUCGGUGCGCUGGGCCUACAUGCUUGCCAUCGUCGGCAUCAUGGAUGCCCUCUUCCUCUCCUUCCUGGCCUUCGUUUUGGGCAACCGGCAGAAUUACUUCCAGCUGGAGGAGCAGCUCAAAGCAGAACAGAAAGAUCUUGCAGUGUCCAGGCAUCUCCACCUUGGCUCCACCCUCAGGAUGGACGGAGUUGAAAUCCGGGAGACCAAGGAUCCACAAUAUGGAGUCCAACGGUUCCACUGAGCAUGCCCCUCCAACCGUCCCCUCCUCUCCUUCCUCUCCUCCGCUCGUCCACCCCAGCUCUUCAGGUUCAACCACUGGUCUUGGACUGGAGGCUCCAUCCAGCUGUUUGUAAAAUAGAAAUGAAAUGGAAGAUAUUCAAAAAGAGAAAAUAUACGUCUGUUUGAAGAGAACUAUGAUAAAAAGGAAAAAUAUGAUCAGCUUUAUAAAA